AAACAAGCCUGUGCUGAUCAUUCACUCUUUGUGAAAGUGAAAGCCAGGAUCCUCUUAAGAACAGAUUCAGCUCUUCCUCUAAUCAUUAGAGCGCUAGCUAUGGUGAUGAAAAACAUCUACGAUGUGGUGGAGACACCAGACCAGGAUAUCUACGCUAACAUCCCACCAAUGGAGAAACAGCCUGAAAAACACACAGUAUACACGACUGCGAAGAAAGCCAGUUCCUUCAACUGGGCUGCUGUGGUUAUUGCUGUGCUGUGGAUCCUCUCAGUGUCCGUCACCCUGGGUGUGAUCUUUCACAGGAAUGCAGAGUAUGCCAGCCUCUUUCAAGAGUAUUCUGACCUGCAGAAUCAACUGAAGAACUAUACGAACAUGACAGUUCACAGGAAUGCAGAGCAUGUCAGCCUCUUUCAAGAGUAUUCUGACCUGCAGAAUCAACUGAAGAACUAUACGAACAUGACAGUUCACAGGAAUGCAGAGUAUGCCAGCCUCUUUCAAAAGUAUUCCAACCUGCAGAAUCACCUGAAGAAGGAUACGAACAUGACAGAAAAUUACUCAGCUGUGUGGAAGUGGAUCCUCGAUGCUGCAGUGGAUGUGACUUUGGACCCUGAUACAGCGAACCCUUAUCUCAUCUUGUCUGAGGACAGGAAACAAGUGAGCGAUGGAGACACACGACAGCCUCUUCCUGACAAUCCAAAGAGAUUUGAUCCUGUUGUCAAUGUCCUGGGCAGGCAGGGCUUCACCUCAGGGAGACACUACUGGCAGGUGGAGGUGGGGAAGAAGACUGGGUGGGAGUUAGGAGUGGCCAGAGAGUCCAUCAACAGGAAGGGGGGUAUUACAGCAAGCCCUAAAGAUGGACUCUGGAUUAUGUGGCUGAGGGAUGGAGAGUACAAGGCUCAUGCUGCUCCCUCUAUCACCCUUUCCCUGAGCGUGAAGCCCCAGAAGGUGGGGGUGUAUCUGGAUUAUGAGGAAGGGCAGCUCUCCUUUUAUAAUGUGGAGACCAGAUCUCACAUCUACACUUUCACUGACACCUUCACUGAGAAGCUAUAUCCAUUCUUCAGCCCUAGUCUUAAUAAAGAUGGUAAAAAUGCAGCCCCACUGAUCAUCCUCCCUGUCAGUGAUAGAGAUUGAAUAAAGUGGUGUAUCUGUAUGACAGCCUACACCAGCACUGAUAAUCCUGUUCAUUGCAUUAUUACUUGCCCAUCUAUUUCUUUGUCUACCUGUAAUUGUUUUACUGAUUGGCUUGACAAAACUAUGGGAACAACCAUCACAUUUAACACACCCCUGUGACUGGAGCACAUGGGCUGUCCCUCACAUGGCUGAUUCAUUUAACACACCCCUGUGACUAGAGAACAUGGGCUGUCCCUCACAUGCCUGAUUCAUUUAACACACCCCUGUGACUGGAGCACAUGGGCUGUCCCUCACAUGUCUGAUUCAUUUAACACACCCCUGUGACUGGAGCACAUGGGCUGACCCUCACAUGCCUGAUUCAUUUAACACACCCCUGUGACUGGAGCACAUGGGCUGUCCCUCACAUGUCUGAUUCAUUUAACACACCCCUGUGAUUUGUCACUGUGCUCAGCCUCAUCACUGUGCUCAGCCUCAUCAAUGCCCACCUUGCAUUGUAAUGAACAUAUUUCAGUUGUGUUGUUGUUUUAAAUUCAUCUUUUUGCAAGAGAUGCAUUGAUUCCUUUAUGCUAACAUGACACUGGAUUGCAGUCACAAUGACAUGUAGAUUCAGAUGCUUAUUUUUAGAUGCUUGAGUUUUUUUUUUAAUAUAUAUUAAAGGGUUGCUUCACACCAUCUAUGAAUGACAUCAGUGAGCAAAAACUACAAUAGUGAAUGCUAGAGAUCAAACUAUGAUAUUAAACAGGUACGGAAUUAACCAUGUGGAUGAUGAGUGCCAGGAUCCCUUUACAAUAUGUAUAAAUGUUGCUUAUUUAGAUGUUCAUGCAAGUGGGGUUCAGAUCUUUUAACUUUCUAUACCAGAGCCCUUGCUUUUAGAAAUGUGGACUUGGUCAGAUCCCGCUGUUUUGGGUUCACGCGGCUGAACCAGAUUAAGCUCCAGGUUUUUGUAAUCUCUGCUCCAUUAAUAAAUAUUUUAAUUUCUAAUGAAA